GGCCGGCAGUGAGGACCGUGAACGGCGCAGAGCGGGCUGGGUGUCGUCUGCCAAGAGACCUCCUCAGGACCGGCCGCCGGUGUGCGCCGCACCCGACCCACGCCGGCAUGGCAGGCGCUCAGGUCCCCCCACUGUGGGCGGUUCUGGCCUUCUGCCUGAUCCUGGCCUCCACCACCACAGACGCGGCCAUCAAGAAGACGCGAAAACGAGUAGUGUGCUACUACGCCAACUGGUCGGUGUACCGUCUGGGCCUGGCCAAGUAUGUACCGGCCAACAUCAACCCCUACCUGUGCACGCACCUGGUGUACGCCUUCGGCGGGUUCGACGACGACUUCCAGCUGCAGCCGUUCGACAAGUACCAGGACAUCGAGAAAGGAGGAUACGCGCGCUUCAACGGCCUGAAGCAGUACAACAAGGGCCUGCGCACGCUGCUGGCGCUUGGAGGAUGGAAUGAGGGCUCGGGCAGGUUCUCCGAGAUGGUCGCCGACCCUGACUACAGAAGCACGUUCACACUGAGUGUGAUUCGCUACUUGCGUCAGUACAACUUCGACGGUCUGGACCUGGACUGGGAGUACCCGGGGUCACGGGCCGGCAGCGACUUCACCGACAAGGAGAACUAUGCCACCCUCUGCGAGGAGCUGCGGACGGCGUUCGAGGCCGAGUCCCUGCAGACGAAUCGUCCCGCGCUGCUGCUGACCGUGGCCGUGCCUGCCGGUAUCUCCAACAUCGAGAAGGGCUUUGACGUGCCUCGACUCAACGCUGUGGUGGACUUCUUCAACAUCCUGGCGUACGACUACCACGCCUCGACCGAGGCUCUGACGGAUCACCACGCACCACUCUUGGCCGCCCCGGGCACCUCCGAGUUCGACUACCGCAGCGAGCUGAACGUGGACUACACGGUGCGGUUCUACCUGAAGUCGGGGGCCGAUCGGCGCAAGCUUGUGGUGGGCAUCCCCACCUACGGCAGGUCCUACACCCUGCUGGACGAGAACUUCAGCGGUCUGCAGGCGGCCGCCGAGAAGGCCGGCACCAAGGGCAAGAGCACCAAGGAGGACGGCUACCUCAGCUUCUACGAGAUCUGUGAGCACGUGGCGGUGGAUGAGUGGAAGGUGUUCCGGCCCUACCCCGACGCCAUGGGCCCGUACGCCACCAGCGGCAAGCAGUGGGUUGGCUACGACGACGAGUUCAUCGCCAGGAAGAAGGCAGAAUAUGUGCGUGACAACCGUCUGGGCGGCAUCAUGUUCUGGUCGAUCGACAACGACGACUUCCGCGGCCGCUGCUCUGGCAAGCCGUACCCCCUCAUCGAGGCGGCUAAGGAGGCGUUCCUAGCCCCGGCUCCAGGGGACCUGCCGAAGCAAGCGAAGGGACCGACGCCUCCCCCGCCGGCGACGCCGGACCCCGGAGCAGGCUUCAACUGCAAGCGGGAGGGCUUCUUCGCCCACCCGGAGGAGUGUAACAAGUACUUCUGGUGUCUGGCCGGCGGCCCCCUUGGCAUCGUGCCGCACAGCUUCACCUGCCCGUCCGGCCUGCUCUUCAACAGGCAGACCGACUCCUGUGACUUCCCCAGGAACGUCAAGUGCAAGAUCGUGGCUAAAGAGGUCCAGUCGAUCACGUUCCCGCCGACCAAGGAGCCGACCGUGCUGCCGGCGGAGCCGGAGGGCAACAUCGGCGAGGUCACGCCCGAUCCGUUCGAGCAGUUCUACGAGGACUACGACACGGCUGACCUGCCACCGCUCGACCUUGACCUGCCGGCUCGGCCGAAGAGGCCGGACACGAGCAUAAGCGCCGCCGAGAGAGGCCCGAACCGGAGGGUGCCGCCGUGUGGACAAGUGACGCCGCCGUGUUGGUCCAGUGACGCCGUCAUACUGGGCGAGUAG